AUGAGUACUUUCCCGAUCUUUUUCUGGAUGGAAGCUACCGAGGUAGGGAAGGAUAGAUAUAUGAAUAUGACUCCCUCCCCUUCGUCUACGGACCGACCCCAGACGCAGACUCAGACGCAGGAUCAGACCCAGACGCGAUCGACAAGAUGCGACGAAGCCAAACCCCGCUGUCGGAACUGCAUCGAGAAAAACUUCCACUGCGAAUACGGUCCGCAGGUGACGUUUCUCACGAAGAAUGCGCAUACAGUUGCGCCGGCUGAGAUCCAGAGUUCGGGGGCUUCUUCUGCGAGGGCGGUGUAUGAUGUUAUUCGGGACCUGACUGACGACUUGUUGAUGCAGUUUGUCAGCGAGGAUCCCCAAAAGCGGUAUUCGCUGGAUGCUGUGGAGUCGUUGUCUCCCAGUGAGACUGGUGGGACAUGUAGUUCUCAACUGGAUCGUGGUGAUCCAUCUGACAAGGCAACGACUACGCCCGUAGCAGAUGGCAGCGAUAGGAGCAGGGUAAGCAGGGAGCACUCAAGCCAGAACAAGAAUCAACAUCAGCAUCAGAAUCAGGACCAGAAUCCAGAUCUAGAUCCGCAAGAGAGAAGAGACAAUCUUCACUAUGACACAACUACCACGACUACGACCAGCAUCCCCCUUUGGAUACCUGAUACCAAUGAGGACAGCGUCGCAGAAAAAGGCCCGGAAAAAGGCCAUUCUGACACGCAGAACACUCCUCGGACGACCAGUCAUCAUUACCAUUCUACUACCGCGUUCAGUGAUAGAGAUGAAUUUGCCGUCCGCGGACUGCUUGCCUUGGGUACUACUGGGAUGAUGGAAACUCAAGCCGAGACUCGAACACAGAGUUCGAUGAUGAUGGGUUCUCAAUCAAGCCACAGGAUCGACUCGUCGUCGUCUGCAGGUAAUGACAGAAGUGGGAGGGGUGUAUACCAGCAGCAGCAGCAGCAGCAGCAAAAACAGCACAAAGAUCAAUCUCAACAAGAAAAAGCAAAUAGGAGUAGCAGAGACAACAGCAACUUCCCUCUCAGUCCUGCUCCUGCAACCACUUCCACCAAUCUGAGCAAUGAUCUCAACAGCAGCACCACCACCAACAACAACAAUGUAACCAUCUCCCAGAAAAGAGAAUCCAGGACGCUGGACCUUCUCAGACAUUACAGAUAUGAGGUUGCUCCUUGGCUCGAUAUAUGCGACCUCUCGCACACAUUCGGCAUCACGGCCGUGCAGAUCGCCAUGGAUACAACCAGUGCUACUGCCACUGCCACUACCACUACCACUGGCACAGGGUUCUCAAUCUCGACCUCGAAGGCGAACUCAAACGCAAUUCUUGCCAGCCUGCUAGUCCUCUCGGAGACAUCGCUCAAUCUGCUUCAUGAUCAUGCUGUUGCCGUCUCUGGUCCUGGCGCUCACGAAAAUCGUACUUCUGGCUCUGCCACUGGCUAUGGGACAUUAGAUCCCUGUUCCACCGGCACAGUUACAGAUACACUCGGGAACGAUACCCUCUUGAAUCCUAACAACAAUAACGACGACUACCGCUCCACCGCAGGCCUGAAUACAGAUCCAGCUAUAAACACUGAUACUGACAUGACCAUGACCAUGGAUAAUAACAUAGCGACAGCAGUACUCCUUACGGCCCUAAGGAAAGUGCAGUCUUUCAUUGCUGAUAUCCCGCGUUUUUGGAGGCGUGCAGAUGCAACUGCGGAUGCAACUGCAGAUGCAGGUGCAGAUCCAGGGUAUAAUGCAAAGCUGAUGGAUGCCCUGGCGAUGCAUGCGUCGUCCGGUAGGAGGGAUAUUGCGUCGGCGGUGUAUUGGCUUUUUUUGAGAUUGGCUUGGACAAUGGCAACGGGUUUAUUUCUGCUAAUGGCCACUUCUUUAGACGUCAGCGUUGCUCUCGCCAGCAAUACUCCCGUGAAAGUCCCCCUUCCAAUGUCUUUCCCCUUAAGUCCAUCACUUGAUUAUAUAGAAGACAUCUACGCAAGACUCUUCCACUUCACGCAUCUCCCACUGCUUCUCUGCGCCCAUGCCCUGCUCUGGUGCAAUGCCGACACCGACUCCGCCGGCACACCCCUCGACAGCUGGAUGCAGCUCGUCGACGAGCUCGAGAGAUGGUACCGCACGCGUCCGCAGGAAUUCCAACCCAUGCUGGAGCUCGACGCGGGCAACUUCCCCGUUGUCCUGUUCACCAACGGCGCGGGCCGCGAACAGCGCGGCUUGCGGACUCGCGUUUCCAGCCCUCGGUCAUGUCUCCGCUGUGGCAUGCCCAGCGCAUCUGUAGCAUUGCGUUGCACAAUGAUCGCCGCGAGUGCUGGGACUUGA